CAACUGCAGUCUGAUUUACUUCAUCAUCGCUGUACUUGCUACUGUACAAACUGUACAUCACUGAUGCAAAACGUGAUUUAGACAUGUUUCCUCAGAAACAAGGCUUAGCUUAGUAUUUUUUACUCGCUGAGAAGCGCCAGUCUCUCGGAUUAUGAUCCCUUUUUUAAAACUGUGCAAGCGGCCACUGCAAAGCUUCAGCUCUCUGUUGGUGCUUUAUUGUCUCAGUUGGUAACCACUGUAUGUGCUCUGUAGAAGAAUAGGAUGCCAUGACUACUGCAGUAAACAAGCUUCAACUCUAUAUAAUGCCUGGCACACAGGUUCACACAUAGACGGUAUAGGGAAACUGCAGAAGUAUAUCUCAUAUAAGAUUGAGAGCUGCUGGUGAUGCCAGUGAGCCGACAAGACAUUCAGGAGCCGAGAGACAAAAUGUUCAUCCAAAAUGCCAACCCACAACAACCACUUCGCCACGAAUUCCUUCUGCGUGGUCGACCCUACAGGGGGGAGCUGCCGUCUGUGGCAGGAUUCCUCCUCUACCCGGACACUCCUGCUAAGAUGGAGACCACGUCACAAGAGGCGUUCUGCUUCAGGCCAGUCCCACGACCAGACAGAGUCAAAGGAAGCCAUAUCGCACAGAGCACACAGCAGGAGUCACACUGUCCUCAUCCCCCCGCCUCGAGACAAACAGGAAGAGGAAACAGCAGCGGGGACAGGGAACCAGGGGAGGGAGCAACAGCAGUGAAAAAUGAACAAGAUACAGCAGAGAUGCAGUCUCAGUAUCAGAAGGAUUUCCCUCCCCAGUCCUCCUGCCGCAGGAGGCGAACGCCCGCCCUCCCGCAGCCGGACAACAUUGGCAUCAACCCGGCCUUCAGGAUCGAGUUUAACACAGUUCAAAGAGAGACGUACCCUGGUUGGCCCAUCAUGAACCCCAGGUAUGCCGGGCCAGCGGACUGAAGGCAGCCCCGUCCUGACAACCCAACAUGGCUUCUCAAAGAAAGUCUACCAUAUGUAAGAAAUCAGCUUGUCACCCCAGACCCGCUUGUGAUGUCUUUAUUUAACCAUUUUCUGCUUGCUAUUAUUAUUGUGAAAUUUCAUUGUAUUGCCAUGAAUCCAAGUUUGUUCCGGUGAUGAUGUCAUAAUCACAUAAUACCUUGCACAGCAAUAAACUGGAUUUGAAGAGGUGAAAUAUA